AUGGAGACUGAACGAAUUGAGCUAUUGAGUGGGGGCAGGGAUGGUGUCAUGUACAGUGGCACUGCAGGCCUGCCAGAUGAAAUGCGGGAGCAACUCUUGCAAGACAGCGACAAACUGGAUAUCACUUCAGCCAGACUCACUAGAAGCUACCAGGUUGCAUUGGAAACUGAAGCCAUUGGAGCAGAAAUACUUGGAGACUUGCACCAUCAGCGCAGCACCAUACAAAACGCCAGAAGUAGACUGCACGAGGCAGACGAGGACCUAGACACCAGCUCCCGCGUGCUGGGCGCCAUGCUUCGUCGCGCGCUCCAGCACCGCUUCAUCGUCGGGGCAGUGCUUGUCUUCGUCUUUAUCAUCAUUCUUCUCGCUAUUUAUUUCUCAUUCAGAUAA